AGAGAUGAAGUCUGAUCUAGGAUCCACAGGACCUACAUCAUCGCUGAAGUAGUUGACAAGAACGUAGUAGUUGACAACGUAGUAGUUGAGGAGAUCUUCAUGAUGCGAAUUCGUUGUCCAUAGUCGAUGAUGCGGAUUUGCUGUUCAUUCUAAUGAUCAUGUAUCAUCUUAAAACUUGUCUUUUCAUUUUGUAUUUCUCCGAUGGUAGUACGAGGGAGUUCUUGUAGCAUCAAGACAGCACGUGCACAAUGGCUGGCGUCGUGAUCGUCUCUAGAGAGUCUCCUGCUGCAUUCGCUGGCUGCUCAAUCUCUUGUAGUAGAGAUGUGCAUAUGUUGUGUCUCCGGUGAGUCAGCUGUCGUGGCGUGACCAGACCUUCCUACCUGCAAAACCGGUACCCCGACCAGAACUUUGCAAAGUUGGUGCUUUGGCCAGAGCUGUACUCGAAUAUGAAGGGCCGAAGCAAUAGGCUGCAGCGCCAUCUGCUCGGUAGAGAGCAAUCUCUCUUGCUCGUGGGCAAUAGUGCCGCGUCGAGCAGCUCAGCAUGUUGUACUAUAUCUUGUUCAGCGGCGGAACAAAGCAGGAAUAUCAUGGCGACACCUUGUUGUUCACCAGAGAACGGGCAAGGACAAUGGAUGACGGCGUCGAGGUCCCUGUCGUCCAGUGCCACAAACACUGGUCGCGGUCUUCUUUCUCGUUCUCGUCCAGCACUCGUGAACCCAUAUCAUGGCGAUAAGCCCGAAUGGAUGACGGAUGUCUCGCAUCCUAUCACUAUGUUAAGACUAAAAGUUGUAAUUCAUCUCCUUCUGCAUGGGGUUUCUUUGUUUUCCCAUGGUUCAGUGUCCCAGUUUUGUCCUUCUUGGAUUCUGACUGAGACUUCUAUGAACUCUGUUCUUUGUCCCGGUUGUGUCCUACUUGGAUUCUGACUGAGACCACGACCCAGAACUUGGCUUCUGCUUGAAAUCUUUGUAAAAAGAUGAAUUACUGUGCGCUAACUAUCGUUUCCCCGAAAUUUCUCCGCAUGUGGCACCCUAAAUCCUUACUACGGGGCAACCUAUUCCGACGACCACUGCCAGACCUGCUGGAUAGUCGUUACGCGAAACGAACGCUUAUGGUAAAAGCGAGUCCUGGACGCUUGCUAAAGCGAGUCCUGGACGCUUGCUAA